CCAAAUCCUGAAGAAGAUGACGACGAAGAAAAAGAAGAAGCAGCUGUUUAUCCUCAGUCAGCACGGUUCAUAUUUACCUCAAUAGUCAGCACAAGAUUUACGUGGUUUUCAGCUUGAAAUGGCAAUGAGUCAGUUUCCCUUCUGCGUAAUAGCCUAGAAACGCUAAAGAUUCGGUGUUGCACGUCUGGACCAAAGGCUCCGGUUGUUUUCGUCGCUGUUCUGGUGCUUUACGGUGCAGAAGGAUAUGGUUUUCUCAUCGUCCCAGCAAGUGGUGGUCGCAUUUACGGCGGUGUUGUUUGCGUUUGUGGUGUUCCCUAGAAUGUUCGGCGUAGGAUCCGGAGCGAAGGAAACAAGAGGUUUUGAUGCACGCUACAACAGAAAAGCGGGUCCGGGACCAGGACCAGGUGCAGUGAGAGGGCAGCCGGUCAACAAGAACACUGCUGGCUCCAUGAGCAAAGCACAGACCCUGGAGAACAUGCAGCAGAUGAAGGUGAUGAUGGAGCAGGAGAUGAAGGGUGACAAAUACAAAACCAACAGCAACAAGGGCUACGUGUUCACGCUGAUGCCGCUCUACGCCAUCGGAGUCGGCCUCUUUGCAGCGUACAAAUUUCUGAAGAUCAAGUCUGCAGAUGACUCCCAAGCCCAAAAGAACAAGGAUGCCAAAGGUCCCAAGAAGUCGGAGGAGACAGAGAAUCAGCUUACAGAGCUGGAGCAGCGGCUAGCGCAAACAGAGAAGAUGCUCAACUCCAUUCUGACCCAACUGGACCCAUUGACAAGUUGUGUCAAGUCUGUGGCCCAGGAACAGAAGAACGAGAUCAUGUCCCAACUCCAGUCCAUCCGCCACCUGAUGAAGAAGAGAGGCAUGGACUGUCCACCCCUUAACAUUGAAGAGCCGCAGUGCGAGAGGAACCUGGAUGACCUCAUCGAGUCUCUGGCAGCCCACGGCGACAUCUCACCAGAGGUGGUUGCUCCUGCGGAAGAUGAUCAAAGUGGUGUGGAGGAAGAGGAGGAGCCAGUCCACCAGCAACACCACCCUGAAUUCAAGGAUGAGCACUCAGUGACUGACGCUGAGGAGGAGAACAUGCCCUCCUUGGAGGAUUCUUGUGAGACAAACAUUGAGGACAUAGGCCUAGCCCAGAACAUUCCAGAAGAAAUGCCUACAACUGGGCUCAGACGACGCAACAGGCUGGAAUGAACAGAAAAAAGGGUGUUUUAAACUGUACAUGAAUAAAGCCAUACAUGUAUUUCCUCAUUGUUAAUGGCACUACUGCAGUCUGUUCAGUAAUGCUCUUGCUUUUGGCUCGUAGUUGAAUAAGAAAGGGCAGCUAUCAAUGUGAAAGAAAUUUGUCCAAGGUUGUGUGUGAUGAAGGUGAUUUUUCUGUUCCAUCCCUUAAAGCAUAGCAGAUCCCUGGCCAAUGUGUAGGGUUAGGACUUACUCCUGACAAAUAAAAUCCCCAGAAGCCUAACUCCAUAUAACAUUUGACUUAGGUCUGGAGGUUUUCCUUGUCAGGCCCCAGGUAUGAGGCCUGAGUUUUCCAUCCUUGAACCAAACGUUAGUUAGUAUGUAAGGUAAAUGUGUUUUCAUCACGUGAUGCUGCUUGGAAACCCUGUACAUCAUUAUAUGCUGCCAUCUUUUAGAAGCGGUCAUUUCGGCCCUAAAUAUCAAGACCUCAGUGUGUUAUGCAAUCUUGCAACUGCCAUCCGUAUGUCAUAGAAUAGUCCAAAUAAAAAAUGUCAAACAUAGUUAACUAUAAAUAGCUACAUUUAGUUUUUCUACUACGUACUCGAGUCUACAAGAUACAAGUGCCAGCUUGUGACGUUUGGCUUGUAUGAUUUGCUUGUUUUCAGACAUCUUAUGCAUGUGUUUUUCUCUGCAACUGAUCUUGAAUGUCCUGGUGGAUAAAACUGCAUGAGUUUUCUUACUAGAGGGAGAUGCAGGACAAUCAUGAAUGUAUUGAUGACGUAGUCUAAAUCAUGCCUCUCCAACCCUGUUCCUGGAGAGCUACUGUCCAGUGGGUUUCUCUAUAACCCUGUUCCCGGAGUGCUACUGUCCAGUGGGUUUCUCUAUAACCCUGUUCCCGUAGAGCUACUGUCCAGUGGGUUUCUCUAUAACCCUGUUCCCGGAGAGCUACUGUCCACUGGGUUUCUCUAUAACCCUGUUCAUGGAGAGCUACUGUCCACUGGGUUUCUCUAUAACCCUGUUCCCGGAGAGCUACUGUCCAGUGGGUUUCUCUAUAACCCUGUUCCUGGAGAGCUACUGUCCACUGGGUUUCUCUAUAACCCUGUUCCUGGACAGCUACUGUCCACUGGGUUUCUCUAUAACCCUGUUCCUGCACAGCUACUGUCCACUGGGUUUCUCUCCAACCUGUUCCCCGAGAGCUACUGUCCAGUGGGUUUCUCUAUAACCCUGUUCCCGGAGAGCUACUGUCCAGUGGGUUUCUCUCCAACCUGUUCCCCGAGAGCUACUGUCCAGUGGGUUUCUCUAUAACCCUGUUCCUGGAGAGCUACUGUCCAGUGGGUUUCUCUAUAACCCUGUUCCUGGAGAGCUACUGUCCAGUGGGUCUCUCUAUAACCCUGUUCCUGGAGAGCUACUGUCCAGUGGGUUUCUCUAUAACCCUGUUCCUGGAGAGCUACUGUCCAGUGGGUUUCUCUAUAACCCUGUUCCUGGAGAGCUACUGUCCAGUGGGUUUCUCUAUAACCCUGUUCCCCGAGAGCUACUGUCCAGUGGGUUUCUCUAUAACCCUGUUCCCGGAGAGCUACUGUCCAGUGGGUUUCUCUAUAACCCUGUUCCCGGAGAGCUACUGUCCAGUGGGUUUCUCUAUAACCCUGUUCCCGGAGAGCUACUGUCCACUGGGUUUCUCUAUAACCCUGUUCCUGGAGAGCUACUGUCCAGUGGGUUUCUCUAUAACCCUGUUCCUGGAGAGCUACUGUCCACUGGGUUUCUCUAUAACCCUGUUCCUGGAGAGCUACUGUCCACUGGGUUUCUCUAUAACCCUGUUCCUGGAGAGCUACUGUCCACUGGGUUUCUCUAUAACCCUGUUCCUGGACAGCUACUGUCCACUGGGUUUCUCUAUAACCCUGUUCCUGCACAGCUACUGUCCACUGGGUUUCUCUAUAACCCUGUUCCCAGAAAGCUACUGUCCAGUGGGUUUCUCUAUAACCCUGUUCCCGGAGUGCUACUGUCCAGUGGGUUUCUCUAUAACCCUGUUCCUGGAGAGCUACUGUCCAGUGGGUUUCUCUAUAACCCUGUUCCUGGAGAGCUACUGUCCAGUGGGUUUCUCUAUAACCCUGUUCCUGGAGAGCUACUGUCCAGUGGGUUUCUCUAUAACCCUGUUCCCGGACAGCUACUGUCCAGUGGGUUUCUCUCCAACCCUGUUCCCGGAGAGCUACUGUCCAGUGGGUUUCUCUAUAACCCUGUUCCUGGACAGCUACUGUCCAGUGGGUUUCUCUCCAACCCUAAUCUUGCACACGUGUUCCUAAUAAUUAGCUGGUUGAUAAGGGGAAUCCAGUUAGUUAUAACGGGUUUGUGGGAACCUACCGGAGGGUAGCUCUUCAGGAGCAGAGUUGGAGAGCCCUGGUCUGAAUUAAUUUGCGUUUGUCUAGUUAUGUAGUUAAGAUUAAGCACGUUAUGUGUAUUUAGCAACACAAACAUUCUGCUCUGUUUUAUGUGUUUCCUUUUUAAGUAUUUUAUGUGAUCUAUCGUUGACUGUAGUUAACACAGAAGUUAGCCUCUGGUUAGAACCAACCCAGUGAAACUACAGGAUAGAACAGAAAUCAAAUUAUCUCAUUGGUUUUGUCUUAAAUUGCACCCUACCUAUUCCCUAUAUAGUAGGCCUCUGGUCAAAAGUAGGGAAUAUGGUGACAUGAUCUGUGUAGUAAUACUGUACCAGCAAUCAAAUAAUCACGUUUGUGUAGAAAUGCUGUACCACAAGACUUUUCAAAACACUGACAAAUAUCUUGUCUUGUGAUAACUAUAGCUUUGGAGCAAAUGUUUAGCGAACACACAAUUCAUAUAUCUGGAAACUAUAGAAACACUGCGAUGUUUGUCUCCUGUUUGAGAGGUCAUUUGUUGGCUAACUCUAUUUAUUUUGUGUAGCUGUGCUCUUGGGCAUAACUGAGGAAUGUUGAAAGAUGGGAGAAAAUUAUCCACUCCUUACUAGAAAAUAAAGGUGCUAUGUGGCAACCCUU